AUGGCUUUGGGAACCCCUGAGCAUGGAAAGUGUUAUGGCAAUAGUGAGAGAGGAAACCAAAAAGAGGAGGCCAGGGCAAAGGAAAGUGUUAUGGAGGCAGUCAGAGCAGAGAGGGAAAUUAUGUUGAAACAAUUCAGUCAACUAAUUCCCAACUUUGAUCCCAACAUGCUCAGUACAAUUCCAACUACACCAACUACACCAACUACACCAAUUACUCCAAUUCCUCCAAUUCCUCAAGAGCAAAGCCCAAAAAAUCCAAUGUCUGACAAAGCAAGCUGCUCUAAUGUGAGAGCCCCUGAAUUGGAUGAAGACAAUCCCAAGAAUGAUGCUGAUGCUGCUGAAAACCGUUAA